AUGACCACCCACCGCUACAUUAAUGCCGACUUACAGGAGGCGGCCAAAAAGGGCAAACUUGAUCCAUUCAAGGCUUAUCAGGGGAAUCUUGGUUGCCUACUGACCCCAAAUGAAAACACAAUAUUACAUAUCUACCUUACCUCUUCAAAAAAAAGAACCACCAAUUUUAUAAAAGAGGUAGUUGGCAUUUGUCCGUCACUGUUACUGCAGGUCAAUAACCACGGUGAUACUCCGCUGCACAUUGCAGCCAGGUGCGGGCAUACUGAUGCAGCAAAAGAGCUAAUCGAACGGGCAAAGGCGUCAGUGCAUCAUGAAAUAGAUAUAGAAAGGGGAGAAGGUCCAAAAAAGAGGGAAAUGGAAGAAAUGAAAGCUGUAAAGGAGAUGUUAAGGAUGAGAAAUAAAAAUGAAGAAACGGCAUUGCAUGAGGCUGCACGAAAUGAAAAAGGUCUGGAUGUUGUGAAAGAAAUAUUAAAUUAUGAAGUUCAUGAUCAUGAUGGAUUUAAAUAUUCUGCCAAUGAUUGUGAGGAAACUCCAAUUUACCUGGCGGCUGAAAAUGGAUGUUAUGAGAUACUUGAUAAACUGGUAUGUCAUCAACAACUACUAUCACCGACUUAUGGCGGCCCCAAUGGUAAAACGGCAUUACAUGCAGCAGUAGUGCAAAGCUCUUCCAUAAGUUUAGGUCAAUCAGUAAAAUUGGUGAUGAUAAACAAGCUAAUGGACAGAGGCAAAAGAUUACUCGGAGUAACAGAUGAAAGACUAUGGACCUCAUUCCAAUAUGCUGCGCAUAAAGAGAUGAUAGACUCACUAUUGGAUACAUGGAGUAACUUGGCCAAAGAAACAGAUGAAAAAGGAUGGACUCCACUUCACUAUGCUGUGUAUAAAGGUUAUACUCCAGUGGUUCGAAUGCUAUUAGAUAGGGAUAAGGAUAAAUCUAGUGCUUACAUUGCCGAUAAUGAUUGGAAGAGGACUGCUCUUCACAUUGCAGCGUGUCGAGGCUUCCAAGACAUAGUGAAAGAGAUCAUUUCUAAAUGCCCAGGUUGCAGCGAACUUACUGACAAAAGAGGCUGGAAUGUUCUUCACUAUGCAGUGAUCAGCAAAAGUGAUAAAGUAAUAAAAGAAGUGCUCAAACAUUCAUCAUUGCUUUGCCUUUUAAAUAAGAAAGAUGUUGAAGGAAAUACGCCUGUCCAUCUAUAUAAAGCUUAUCAUCCCAGUUUGCCUGCCUUCAUAGAAAAACGAGAUGUAUUCUUGUUUUGGAGAAAACUGCACUAUCAAAUCACAGGAUACUCAUCCUCAAAGAAGAAUGAAAUUUUAAAAUUGAUGACAGAACUUGGCGCUGGACCAUUAGGGGAAAUUUCAAAUACAGAAGGAGAAAUGAGAAAGGAAAAAAUGAUACAUAAAUUUGAAAAGGUCAAAGACUCUCAUUUGGUAGCUGCAGCACUUAUAGCAACAGUAACUUUUGCCGCAGCAUUUACCAUACCCGGUGGUUAUAUAAGUGAUGAAAACGAUUUGAAGAAGGGAACUCCUAUCUUAAGCAAAAGUUGGACUUUCAAAGCAUUUAUAGUUUCAGAUACCAUAGCUAUGGUUUUAUCUACUUGUUCUGUCUUUACCCACCUUAUGCUGAUGAUCUUAGGAUUUGGGGAAGCAUACUAUUGGUUAAUAAGAUGUGCCUUCGGUUUUCUAUUCUAUGCUAUGGUAGCAAUGGUGAUUACAUUUGUGGCAGGCAUUUAUGCAGUUUUAGCACCAUCCUUAGGGUUUGGUAUAUGUAUUAUCGGAUUUAGCUUCUUCCUCUUCCUACUUUAUUCGAUUGCAAGUGUAUCAUGGGGUUUGUAUUCCUCGGAUGACGACAUCUACGACCAACUGGAAACUUUCUCGUGGUUGACUGGCGGAAUCCUUCCUUUGUUGGGAAUCUUCAAGUCUCUGUUCGGAAUUUUCUCUUCUUUGUUGGCAGACUUGUUAAGUUGGCUUUUUGCGCCGCUUUUGGCGGUGAUCCUUUUGAUUUGGGCGUUUAAACUCAUCCUUCAAAAAUUGAUGAGCGAAAUUAGAAGAAGUUAGUCAAUCGAUUCAUCAGGUGUCAUUAGAUCCCAACAGCAAAACAGACGUAUGAUUGCUAAUACAGCGUGGAAUGAAAAUGUCAUUUAAAUUUAUUUUCAUUUUUUUUUCUUUGAAAACAUUUAGAAGGAAAAAAAAAAUGUUACUAUUACAAUUUCUUAUCCUAAAGGCAGAAUACUCAUUAGCCUAAUGGCAUAUCUGUA